AUGAAUCUACAAGAAUUCCUGGCUAUGGAGGACAACUGCGACCGCGAUGAGCUAAUUGACCUUCGCGGCCUGGAUUUCGUCUCCGACUACGACUCGCACCUCAUGUGUCCGAUCUGCCACUGCCCCUUCGUCGACCCCGUCCGUCUACAAUGCGACCAUGUCUUCUGCCAGAGUUGCCUCAGUUCGGCCAUCAACACCUUCCGCUCGGCCGAUUCGGAUGAGUUCCCGUGUCCCUCUUGCCGAACCCCCACCCGAGAGGUGUCGACCAGUGUACCCCGCUUGCUGAUCAACAUGUGCGACGAGAUCCGGUGUCCCCGCUGUGAAGAGGAUGUUAUGGAGCAGGAUUAUGAGGAGCAUGACAAGGAUCUUUGUCCUGUUUUAGUGACCAAUUGUGUCGACUGCGAAACAGUUGUCUCUCGGAAGGCAUUCAAGGAACAUGUUGAAGCAUGUCCGGAAGUUAUUGUCCCCUGCGCGGCAGCGAAAUACGCAUGUCCUGUCAAGGUCCGUCGCGCAGACAUUGCAAUGCAUGAGCAAAGCUGUCCACUGGUCACAAUGAUCCCGUAUUUUGAGGUGCAAAACACACGACUCAAUUCCUUGGAAUUAAGUAUGCGACAUCUGCAGCAGCGGAAUGAGAUCUUCGAGGAUGGGCUCGCCAACAUCCGGUCCACUCUCGUCGAAUCCGCGCGUAUUGGCUCCAGUGCUCCCAGUGGACAAUCCGUCAAUUCUGGAAGAGAACAGUCCUCUACCCGCGCCGAAGCAAACACAGAUCCUACGGAUAUAUCCUCGAGUGUAUUCUCAUCCAACGCCACAACCUAUCUACUCUCACUCCACGAAUCUCUACGCGAGGAAGUAGAGCAAAUAAGACACAACCUCACCGACCUAGACGCCCGCGCCAGCAUGGCUCUGAUGAACGAGUGUAUACGCAUGAAGGAAGACAUGGCCCAUACGAAUGCCGCGGUCAACAGUGUCCGGAUGCAAGUGCAAUGGCUUAUGAACCCCCGGCUCCAUGGGACACGUACAGGAGCUGUCCGGGCCAAUACGGGCGGCAAUGAAACUCCUCGAUCGCCGCUACCUUCGUCGUCGACAGCUGGGUCAAGCAGUACUACUGCGCAGUCUCUAGGGCCCCUUCGACCUAGGAGGCCUAGUGAUAGUGGACGUGAGGGAACCAAGCUAUGA